CCCAACCAUUAUAACCCCAAAUGGCUACAAAAGUGAAGGGUCGAGGCUUUUUGAAGUUUUAAAGAUGAGGCAUGCAAUUAUGUUUGUUUAUUUUAGAAAAGCCUCUGUUCAAUGGAAUGAGUCUUCGUGGUUAUAAGGAAUUUAUGGCACCUUGAGCUUCGUCCAUGGAAGAAUGCUCAACCACAAGACUUGAGCACCGGAAAGACCGACAUAUUCGUUGAACUCAGCAACGAGCGAGAGUACCUUCGCUAUCAGAGAGUCAGACCAUGCGAAUUUCCAUAUGUUUUCUUAUAAACCGAAGCCACAAUCCGUGCUCUCUCUUUCAUCCAAGACAAUUUAUCAUUCUUCUCCUCCAACCACUAUAUUUCGAUCUGCCAACCAAACCAAGCAAUCCCAUGCGCGCAUCAUUGUCUCUGGCCUCGCCGGCGAUGCCAAACUCAUGGCUCAUCUCCUUCUUUCACUCGCUCUUUCCUCCGCUCCCCCGCUUCAAUAUUCUCUCUCCAUUUAUCAAAAUUUCAAGUACCCUUCUGUCUUCGCCACCAAUAACUUGAUACGUUGCUUUGCCAAGAGCGACUCUCCUUGUCGCUCUGUUUUUUUGUACUCAUCCGUGUUGCGAAAGCAUGCAAAACCCAAUAACCAUACUUUUACAUUUUUGUUCCAAGCUUGUAGCGAGGCUUUGGGUAUGGAAGAAGGAGCUCAAAUUCAUGCUCACGUUGUGAAAUUUGGCCUUGCUGAUGAUUUGUUUAUUCGAAAUGCUUUGAUCAACUUCUAUUCUGCUUGUUCUAGAUUAGAGUGUUCGGUAAAGGUGUUUGAGGAGAGUUUGAGUAGCCGAGAUUUGGUUACUUGGAAUACAACGUUGGCGUGUUUUGUGAGAGAUGGACAAAUUGGUCUUGCGGAGGAACUGUUCGAUGAAAUGCCUGAAAGAGAUGUUAUCUCUUGGAGCACCAUAAUAGCGGGUUAUGUACAAAUUGGGCAUCUAGAACAAGCAUUGAAGCUCUUUAGAGACGUAAGAGAAAAAGGAUUAAGGGUCAAUGAGGCCAUGUUGGUUUCGGUUCUUUCAGCAGCAGCUCAAUUAGGUUUGCUUGAACAUGGUAAAUUAGUUCAUUCCGUUGCCAAAUCGUUGAAAUUUCCUAUGACUACCUCCCUUGGGACAUCGUUAAUUGACAUGUAUGCAAAAUGUGGAUGCAUUGAACAGUCUAAACUUUUGUUUAGCAAUAUGCCACAGAAAGAUAGCUGGACAUGGAAUGUUCUGAUCUGUGGCUUGGCCACGCAUGGACUUGCCAAAGAAGCGCUUGCACUCUUCGGAAGCUUCAUAAACGAAGGGUUUGCUCCAGCCACUGUGACUUUCAUUGGGGUUUUGAGUGCCUGCAGCAGAGCUGGUUUGGUGGAGAAGGGAAGGCAUUAUUUUAAGUUAAUGACUGAGAAUUAUGGGAUUGAACCAGAGAUGGAGCAUUAUGGAUGCAUGGUUGAUCUUUUGGGUAGAGCUGGUUUUGUAAAUGAAGCUGUUGAAUUGAUUGACAAGAUGCAAGUUACACCAGACCCUGUUUUGUGGGCAACAUUGCUAGGUGCUUGCAAGAUUCAUGGAUAUGCAGAGUUGGGUGAAAAGAUUGGUCAUAAGUUGAUCAAAUUGGAUCCAAGCCAUGGUGGGCAUUAUGUGCAGUUAUCUACUAUAUAUGCCAAGGUAAACAAAUGGGAAGAGGUUAUUAGAGUUAGGAGAUUAAUGAUUGAGAGGAACACCAAUAAAGCUGCUGGUUGGAGCUUGAUAGAAGCACAUGGGAGAGUUCACAAGUUUGUUGCCGGUGAUAGAGAACAUGAGCGUUUUAUGGAAAUUCGUAAAAUGCUUGAAACAAUAGGAACACGAAUAGCAGAAGCCGGUUACUCACCAAACAUCUCUUCUGUGUUGCAUGACAUUGGGGACGAAGAAAAAGAGAUUGUGCUAAAAGAACACAGUGAAAGGCUAGCGAUUGCUUUAGGAUUGUUGGUAACUCCAGAUGGGGAAUGCAUUCGAGUUGUGAAGAAUUUAAGAGUUUGUGAGGAUUGUCAUGAGGUCAGCAAGAUUAUCUCAAAAGUUUUCGUAAGAGAGAUUAUAGUGAGAGAUGGGAGCAGAUUUCAUCAUUUUAAAGAUGGCACUUGCUCUUGUGGUGAUUUUUGGUGAGUAGGCUUUGGGAAAAAUCUACUACAUCCUCUUUAAUCAAGUUUUUGACAUUGUUUCCCAUUUUUUUUCACUGAAUAAAAUUGUUUAGAAUCUGAAUAA